GCAGCUCCCACGCUUUCAAGCUUUCACGAUAUUCCACUACCAAUUUACACUCCCUGUCCCAUAAUGGACAUCAAAUCCCUUUUGAAUAAAGAAGAUAAUUGCAGUGAUUCCAAUCUUCCCUCUACCAACCAGCAACCGCAGCUCGAAACAAGGAGGGAUACGCUGCAGGGACGCAAUCAGUGCGACUUUCCACCGUAUCACACAAACCUAGCAUCCCAGAAUGUAACAUCCAUACCUUUAUCAGUACCAUCAAACGCCAACCGGUUAAGGGCGCCUCGUGCUAGAUAUACGACCGAAACGUCCCGUCAAUCUACUAUAGUAUGCAACUUAUGCAUGGUACAUUCAAGGUCGAGGACCUCAAGAGCAACCUUCCGUCCCGCCGAUGAUGCUGCCAUUAUCUAUUUAUCUGAAUCUAUCCGCAGGUCUCCUAGAAUAGCCAUGCAGCUUGCAUUACGACGAGGUCAAAUGGCCACAGACAAGAGAAGAGACAUUCUCUAUGCAUACCAGCCAGAAAGGUCCUGCUUGAGUUGUCGCUAUGUGGAGUUGAACUUGAUGAAGGCUAGGUGGCAGUAUCAGGGUGCCUCUUGGAAGGCUAGUCGGAGGGGGGAGGGUCUGAAGGUCUCCAUCGUCAUUCCUCCGCCACUACGAGUUCAGCUGGGGGAUACAUUCUAUUUUCCCCUGGCUCUUCGGGCUCUCAAGGAUACCAUUGAGUUGUCUGCGAGGCUGAAGAUUGGUGAUAUUGAUUCCACCUUAGACUUUAGGAAAACUAUGGUCUCUCGGGAAACUUUCUUUCUUUUAAACCCUCCGGUGCUGAAUCUGCGGGGUGUUUGGAGUAUCAUGAUCCGUAUUCAGAGUCAAACUGAAUCAAGCUUUAUGAAUUUCGAUAUUUAUGUAUAAACCUUGGAUUAUGUAUAGUUUUAUCUACAUCUGGCUCUAGCUAGAACGGUAUGGGAGAAUAACAGUUAACCAAACAAGGAUCAGAUCUUAC